AUGGGCUCCUUCCGAGGACACGCUCUCCCUGGGUCUCUGUUCCUCCUGGUGGGCCUGUGGCACGUGUGGAGCUCUCUCUCUCGAUUCGCCGCCGCUCCCAGUUCCUUCCGGGCGCGAGCGUGGAAUCCCGCCCCCGAAUGGCUCUGCGGCGGCCGCCUCGUCCACCUGGAGCUCUACCUCGUCGUCGGAGGCUCCUUGCUCGACCUGUGCAUCGAGUUCUUCUACUCCACCCACCUGCGGAUCUUCGUCAACGGCGGCGUCCUCAACCCGGCCCACAUGAACGACUUCGAGCACGCCGGCAUGCUCCUCAUGUUCUUCCUAUUCGGCUGCGCCGCCCUGCUCUCCCAGACCACUCGGUGGGUCCCCCUCCCCUCUCCCAUCUCCUCCGGCAAGUUCCCCUCCGUUUAACUCGGAGAAAUCUUCUGCGAUUCAGAUUCCUCCCUCUGCCGGAAGGCGCGCUGUGUCUUCUCGGGGCGACGGCGUUCACGGCGGAGUACCUCCUGUUCUACUUCCACUCCACCACCCACAAGGGCCUGGAGGGACACUACCACCUCAUCCUGGUCCUCCUCGUGGGGCUCUGCGUGGCCUCCUCCGUGACGGCGGCGCUUCUCCCCGCCAGCUUCCCCGCCGACCUCUGCAACGGCGUCGCCAUUUCCCUUCAAGGCCUCUGGUUCUACCAGACGGCCUUCGUGCUCUACGGUCCCAUGAUGCCCCGAGGCUGCCGGCUCAGAGACGACCAGAUCACCUGCCACUCCCCCGGCAGCGAGACCCGCGGGGAACUUCUCGCCAAUUUCCAGCUCUUCUCCCUUGUCCUCCUCGUCCUGGUGGUGGUCGUCGGACUGUACACCGUAGCCGCCUGUAAAUACGGCGAUCCGACGGAGGAGCUCUCGAGCCCUCAAGAGGCUCAUUGA